AACAGAGUCACCUUGGGAGAAAACUCCACAAGCUGUCAGCUCCGACGAACAGAACAAGACCAUUCCAUCACAUAGAUACACAUUAUAGUUUUUUAGAGCAUUACGUCAGUUGAGCCUCACACAUUUUUGUAAAAAUUCAUCAAUAGCCGCAAAAAAUCCGCAAAACACUCCAUAGAAGACACUGGACAUAUCCGCAGAUAGCCAGCAAUGGCAUCACCCAGCAAGAGCAAUGGUAUCAGCACCAAGGUCACCACGGUGGUGGCCACCAACGCCUACGGGCCAGACGUUAUGAGCGAGAUCAGUUACACGGACAGCAAGGUGGUCGGCAACGGCAGCUUCGGCGUGGUCUUCCAGGCCAAGAUGGUGCCCUCCAACGAGCCAGUGGCUAUUAAGAAAGUGCUCCAGGAUCGGCGCUUCAAGAAUCGCGAACUGCAGAUUAUGCGGAAGCUACGCCACGAAAAUAUAAUCACCCUCAAGUUCUUCUUCUACUCCAGUGGCGAGAAGCGGGACGAAGUCUACCUUAACCUGGUAAUGGAAUUCCUGCCGGAGACGCUCUACAAGGUGGAGCGCCAAUAUGCCCGGGCCAAACAGACGCUCCCGGUUAACUAUGUCCGCCUGUACAUGUACCAGCUUCUGCGGAGCAUGGCCUACUUGCAUAGCCUGGGCUUCUGCCACCGGGACAUCAAGCCACAGAACAUGUUGCUGGAUUCCGAGUCUGGAAUUCUGAAGCUAUGCGAUUUUGGCAGUGCAAAGCAGUUGAUAACUGGAGAACCGAACGUAUCGUACAUAUGUUCUAGAUACUACCGGGCACCCGAGCUGAUCUUUGGGGCCACAGACUACACCACCAAGAUCGAUCUGUGGAGUGCCGGCUGCGUCCUGGCCGAGCUGCUCCUGGGCCAGCUAAUCUUCCCCGGCGAUUCGGGCGUCGAUCAAAUCGUGGAAAUCGUCAAAGUGAUGGGCACACCCACAGCUGACCAGCUGCACGACAUGAAUCCCCACUACAAGCAGUUUAAGCUGCCCCAGCUGAAGCCACAUCCAUGGCCCAAGGUGUUUCGGAUCCGCACUCCCGCGGAGGCCAUUGAUCUCGUCUCCAAGAUGCUCAUCUACUCGCCCAACCAGCGGGUCACGCCCCUGAUGGGCUGUGCACAUCCCUUCUUCGAUGAGCUUCGCCACGAUCCCCACCAGCAGCUGCCCAAUGGUCGAACUAUUCCGCCGCUAUUCAACUUUACGGAGUAUGAGCGGACCAUCGAGCCGGAGGCCAUGUCGCUCCUGCAGCCGCGGCCUGCGAAUUCCGCACAUGGUCCCAAUCAGAAUGCUCCGCAUCGAAAUCGAAACUCAGCUGGCGAGGAGAGUCCACGAAAGAUGAGCUCGGUGCAAAAGCAAGCCGGCGGGUCUCAUCGCGAAGCUGCUCCGGAGAGCUCGGGUAAAGCUGCUCUGGGGUCCGUGCCGGCCGUCCAUCGGCACGAGGUUGGAAACGGCGACCACCUGGCGGUGGGCGUAGCACCGCUGGAAACCUUCAACCUGGAACACGAUGAAUCCGCUGAAAGCGAAGUGGAGGCAGAGGAGGGCGUGGACGAUGAAGCGGACGAGGUUGAGGAUGCGGCGGACGAGAACGACUAUGACGACGACGAUGUGCAGUUCAACAGUGCGGAUAGCAACACCGCCAGCGACGACAUGGAAGAGGCAUCCGAUGAGGAGGACCUUGAGGAGGAGGAAGAGUGCGACUAGGACCUUCAAUGUGGUUUUAAUUUCAAACGUUUCCAUUUCAUUUUUAUUUACAAGGUCCUCGACUAAACCGUCACCCAAAAACACAAAACAGACCAACAAAAACUAUUAGUAUCUUAAGUAAAACACACAAACUUCCAAACCGGGAAUCAAAACAAAAAUUUUACGUGAAAUUGAUAAAAAUUACAAAAUGACUCAGAAAACAAUAUAUCAAUACAGAAUUCCAAA